AUGGAAACACUGGUCACAGUUUUAUUGGGGGUUAGUUUGAUCCUGGCGUUUAUCCAUUUCAAGUUCCCCUGUUUAUGGCAUGAUUUCCAGUAUCUUCGAAAAUUUGCUGCUGUGAGGUUGCAGAGGUUAAAGUUCAGACAGAAAAAGCCUUUUUACACUAUUUUGGACUGUUUUCUGGACAGGGUGAGGAAACACCCAGAGAAACCCUUUAUCAUUUUUGGGAAUAAAUCUUACUCUUACCUGGACGUUGACCGGCAGAGCAAUAAGGUGGCUAACGCCCUGAGGACACACAGCAGUCUGACUGAGGGGGAUACUGUUACUCUCUUUCUGGGAAAUGAGCCUUGUUUCGCCUGGAUCUGGCUGGGCUUGUGUAAAUUAGGAUGUGCCGCCUCUGUGCUUAACAUUAACAUCAGAGCCCAGUCUCUCCUGCACUGCUUCUUCUGCUGUGACUCCAGCGUUCUCAUAGCUGCAGCAGAGCUGGAAGAGGCCGUCAAGGAGGUGCUGCCUCAGCUGCUGGAGCGAAAUGUCACGGUGUUCCUCCUAAAAAGUCAGAGUGGCACAGAGGGGCUGAGGAGUCUGAGUGAGAAGAUCGAUCGGGCGAGUGACGAGCCCCUGUCCCCUGAUCUGAGAUCACGCGUGACAAUGGACAGCCCCGGGCUAUUCAUCUUCACGUCAGGAACCACAGGUCUUCCCAAAGCUUCCAUAUUUUCCCAGGACAAGGUCUGGGCUGGAGCUCUCUUUCUGUGUCUGGCAGGAGUGACAUCACAGGAUGUGAUUUACAUACCCCUUCCCCUUUACCAUGGCUCUGGACUCCUCCUGGGGCUCUCAGGGGCCAUAGAGCGGGGCAUAACUGUUGUGUUGAAGCGCAAGUUUUCCGUGUCUCAGUUCUGGGAUGACUGCAGGAGGGAUCACGUUACUGUCAUAAUCUACAUUGGUGAAAUUAUGCGCUAUCUCUGCAACACACCAAAGAGAGACAAUGACAGAGAGCACAGAGUCAGAAUAGCUGUGGGAAACGGGAUCCGGGCAGACGUGUGGCGCUCGGUUUUGGAGCGUUUUGGAGACAUUAAGAUUGUGGAGUUCUACGGUGCCUCUGAUGGUAACAUAAGCUUCAUUAACUACGUGGGGAAAAUUGGUGCCAUUGGUCGUGUUCACUACUUUCAUAAGAUGGUCCUCCCUUACACGCUCAUUAAGUUUGAUACCAUCAGAGAGGAACCUGUGAGAGAUUCUAAUGGUCGCUGUAUUGAGGUUUGGAAAGGUGAAACAGGGCUGUUAGUGUCCAAAAUCACAAAGAUGGCCCCCUUUGCCGGCUACGCAGGGAACCUGGAGCACACGGAGAAGAAGAAACUGCGAGAUGUCUUUCAGAAAGGGGACUUGUACUUUAACAGUGGAGACUUGCUAAUGAUCGAUCAUGACAAUUUCAUUUACUUCCAAGAUCGUGUGGGGGAUACCUUUAGGUGGAAAGGAGAAAAUGUCGCCACCACAGAAGUAUCAGACAUCCUUAAAAAAAUGGAGUUUGUUGAAGAUGUUAAUGUUUAUGGUGUCAAAGUGCCAGGUUACGAAGGCCGGGUCGGCAUGGCAGCCGUAACCUUAAGGGAGAGAAGAGAGUUUAAUUGCACAGAAGCGUUCACUCAUGUCUCCUCUUACCUCCCUGCUUAUGCUCGGCCACGAUUCAUCCGAAUUCAGACCUGUUUGGAGAUUACUGGGACUUUCAAGUACAUAAAAACCAAGCUGGAGAAGGAUGGCUUUAAUCCAGCUAUGAUUCACGACCCGCUGUUUGUUCUGGAGGAAAAAAACAACAGCUACACCCCAAUGACACAAAUGCAUUAUGACUCCAUUAUUUCUGGGAAAAUUAGAUUGUGA